AUGGCGAUUCAACAUGGCACACGUGCGUACGAGCUGGCGCUGUUGGCGCUGCUGGCCUGCCUGGUGGCAGCCCACCAGGCAGCCGCGCAGCAGCCAAACCCAGGCCCCUACCCCUACCCGGUGCCCCGUGACGAUGCCUACAAUGGGCUGUGGACCACCUGCCACCAGAACCUGUUGGUGACGAUGCAGGCGGCAGACGCCGCGGAGGAGGGAUACCAGCUGCUGUUCCUGGGCGACAGCAUCACGGAGAAGUGGCGGGGCACCUCCAUCUGCCGGCCCCGCUGCACCAGCUGCGCCGGCAUCCCAAAAGUGUUUGCGCGGCGCUUUGGCGUGGGGCGAGGCUGGAGGUCCUUCCCUGCGGGCAUCCCAGGCGACCAGUCGGCCAACCUACUGUGGCGGCUGAUGAAUGGCGAGAUGCCGCGGCGCAACGACCCCAAAGUGGUGCGGCUGGUCAACAAGGCCCUGAGAGUGAUCACCUGGCUGCCUCCUAGCUGGCACUACCUGGACUGCGGCGCCCGCUUCAUCGCCGCCAACCGCACCGCCAUCGAUGCCGCGCUGAUGCCCGAUGCCACGCACCCGUCUGCAACCGGCUACGAGCUGCUGGCUGACUGCCUGGACCCGCUGGUCACACAACUGAUGAGGGUGAAGCGCCGGCCUGCCGGAUUGUGA